AUGACAGUUUUGGUUCAUGGUUGGGUUUUUUGGGUCAUUUGGGCCAGCUGGGCCAAUUGGGUCAUUUGGGCCAUAUGGGGCAAUUUGGUCAUUUGGGCUAUUUGGGCCAGUUGGGCCAUAUGGGGCAGUUAGGUCAUUUGGGCUUUUUAGCCCAGUUGGGACAAUUAUUGGCCCAUUGAUUUCGCGCCACAACCACAAACUGCCAAAAUACAACCGCUGACUGAUGCGCCCGUUUUAAGCUCAUUCCUGCCAGCUUUUCCCGCUUUCAAAGGAUCUGUUUAUAACAUGCAUCGUACAAAGCUUUGAACCCUCAAGCUUCCGCUUUUUUGUGUGUAUAUCAUGGACUGACAGUAAUGUCACAUUGACUGCGGAACUGGAGUCGCAGCUGGGCCAAAUUCGCAUUCCUAUCUACGAAGUUUUACCCCAAUGUCUUCGCCAAUGGCUGACGGCGUUUGCUUAUAGCAAUGGCACAACGAGCGGAUGUUGCUUUGUUCUGCACUGGUAUCCACGAGCUCUUUGCUGGCUCAUGCAAUACUGAAGCUUUUUGGCUCAUACGAGAAGGAAAACCNAUUCAGCAAAUGCUCCUCCAGUUUCAAGAAGGAGAUUGCGAUCACUCAAGUGGAUAUCCGUUAUUCCGUGAACAAGCUAGUUUCACGCCCUCAACAUCCCAGGACAGGCAGUACAGGAAAAAUCUGGACUAUAUCGAUCUUCUGGAGGGCUGGGUCCUCGUAUACCGGUUAACGAAAAUUGGUUGACAUCGGUCAACCGAAAGAUAGCACGACAGCUGGAUAACUUGAUACAUAUUGAUAAUACAUGCAUGCUCUAAUAAAUAAAAUGGCAACUGGAUAACUUGAUAAAUAAUAAAUGUUUCAAUAUUAAAAUGACGGUUUUGGUUCAUGGUUGGGUUUUUUGGGUCAUUUGGGCCAGCUGGGCCAAUUGGGUCAUUUGGGCCAUAUGGGCCAAUUGGGUCAUUUGGGCCAUAUGGGGCAAUUUGGUCAUUUGGGCUAUUUGGGCCAGUUGGGCCAUAUGGGGCAGUUAGGUCAUUU